CAGCAACACCAACCCACAAUGCCACCCUCUCUCGACACCCUCCCCCCCGAAAUCCUCUUCGCCAUCCUCUCCUACAGCUCGCCCUUCAAUGCCUCUCUCGCCCCGCGGCACCAUCCUCUGCGCGCCCUCGCCGCAACGUCUACGCACCUGCGCUCCGUCGUCGAAGAAUACUGCCGCAGCCUCCUAAAGCGCUACGCGCAAAUCACACCCCCAAAGACCGGAAAAAGCUUCCUAUGCCACCGGAAAUGGCUCCGCUGGCUAACCACAACGUGCCAUCUCUGCGGCAAGAGCAGCAAGCGGAAAGCGAUCCUCGACCCCAGCCUGACAUGCUGCGCAGCAUGCGACAAGAAGGCGUUCGCGAAGAUGACAAUGACCGCCGCCAUCACCACGCACCACCUCUCCAAGCUCGAUCUCUUCACGCCCAACGCGCUGCACCCCGCGCUGCCGCCCCUUUCCCUGGGCACGUACUUCUGCAUGGGCGGCGAGACGCUCAUGCUGGCUGCGCCGGGCGUCCUCACGCGCAAGGCGCAUGUGCAUGGGCUGCUCGGUCCCGGGAAAGCGCGGGAUAAAGGGUAUCUAAGGCGGAGGGUCGCGGCGCAUGAUCGGCUGGUUGCGCAUAUGGAUGUUGAGUUUCGCGUGCGCGGGGGCGUCGGGAGGUGGG